UGAAUCUUCCCUAGGAGGCGCUGACUGCAGGUUUUAAAUAACUGAGAAAUCGUCAUUAUGAAAGGUGUAUUCCUGUUGGCUGUCUGCGUUGUUGUUGCAAGUGCUGCAAAUCACAUGCGUGUCAGACGCCAGUCUGCCUUCAAUCUACCUGCGGGUGUAGAUCUCCUGGUGGGCGAGUUGGACACUUCUUUUUCGUGCCAAGACAGAAUCUAUGGUUAUUACGCUGAUAUUUCCAAUAAGUGUAAGGUAUUUCACGUGUGCUUACCACCCAAGAGGCACUUCAGUUUCCUAUGUGGAAACCUGACCGUCUUCAACCAGGCUACCAUGACCUGUUCUGAUCCAGACGCUGCUAUCUCUUGCGACAAGUCCGAGGAGUACUACAAGCUCAACAAGAACUUCGGAGUCAUUGAUCCCAAUGAUCUGAUCCCUGUGUAGAGUCGGAGGAAUCCUAAAUAUUAUGUUACGAUUGAAAAGACUUUCAGCACUCAUAUACCACAAACAAACAAACAAAAAAAAGAGUAAUUUUUUUUCUUUUUACUCAGAGCAUGAUGUUUGUACACCCUGUGUAAUCAAUUCCACUUAAACAGUAUGUUAUAUGUGAUUUUUUGUUUUUUUGUUUUUUUGUAAAUGACGAAA